GAUAUCUCUAAUUGGAAUUAUGCCUAGUACAAAAUGAAUUAUAGAUAUCUUUAAUUGCAGUUUCUACUAGUCAAAACACAUUUGUAGAUAUCUGAAAAUAUUCUUCAAUGGAAGAGUAUGACUAGUCAAAACAGUAUUGUAGAUAUCUCAAAUGUAUAUUAUGAAUAGCCAAAAUAACAUUAUAGAUAUCUUCAUUGCCUGUUAUGACUAGUCAUAAUCACAUUGUAGAUAUAGUAAUUCCAAUUGUGACGACUCAAAAUUACAGAAGAGAUAUCUGGAAUUGGAAUUUUGACUAGUCAAAACUAAAUUAUGACUAGUACAGCCAAGGGUAUUUUAUGUCAAAACGGCUUGCCAUAGUUGUGUGACGUGAGACUUAAUUUGCUCAGCUCCUCCCCUUCACCAGAGCGCUCAGUCCCUACCUAAUGCUAGUGCACUGCUAAUGGAUAACAACAGUUUUCUAUGACGUGAAUGAAGACUAAUACUGAAUUUAGGAAGCAUGGCGGCUACAGUUCUCGACAAAAUAGCAAGAAAAUGUCAAAAUAUUGAAAGAGCUCAACGCCAGGGAACUUGUACGGAGCGGGAACUUCGUGCGAUUGAUCACUGCUUAAUAAACGCACGGCGUAUUUCACAUUUACUAUCUCCAGAGACUUUUGAAGAACUUGACAAAAGUCUUGACGAUCUUCGAACAAUGGUGUCAUCGCAUUCACGGGUUGAGGGAACUGGUGCUUUCUCUGUCUCUCGAAAUAGCUCAGGUAGACGAGGUAGACCAGCCAUUCAUAUAACGCGUGACCAAAUUGAAUUUUUAAUAAAGAAAGGUCACACAGUAAGACGAAUGGCCAGAAUGUUGGGGUGCUCUUCGUCAUUUCUGUACAAGAGAUCGAAGCUGCUUGGUGAACCCAUCAGGAGAAGAAUGGCAGCAGUGGAUGAGGAGGAGCUUGAAAAUGUAGUAAGACGACUCCAUGUAGAGUUUCCAAAUUCUGGGAAUGAGAUUAUGCGAGCCUUACUCAUUGCAGAAGGUUUGAGUGUUUCACGGCAAAGGGUGCGUGAGAUGUUGGUCCGUGUCAACCCAGCAGCUGCUGCGAGGAGAUGGAGUAGCACAGUGGCCAGAAGAGUGUAUCAUGUGCCCUACCCCAACAGUCUUUGGCACAUUGAUGGAAAUAUGCGCCUCAUAAGAUGGGGAUUUGUUAUUCACGGCUCCAUUGAUGGAAAUUCACGGGUCAUCACAUAUCUAAACUGCAACGCUGACAACUGUUCCAGCACUGUCCUGUCUCAGUUUAUACAAGCAACGUGUCUUUAUGGUAUUCCCUCCAGGGUCAGGUCAGAUCAUGGUGGUGAGAAUAUACAAUUCGCCCUUUCAUGAAUCUUGUCCUAGGACUGCAACGCCGGAGUCACAUCACUGGGGAAUCAGUCCACAAUCAAAGAAUAGAGCGUUUGUGGAGGGAUGUGUUUUUACAUGUGUUACAACCAUUCUACAACACUUUCUACACUCUUGAGGAUUCUGAACUUCUAGAACCAGAAAAUGACAUUCACAAAGUUUCACUCAGAGUAGUUUUUCUUCCACAAAUUCAAGCUAAACUACAGCAUUUUAAAGAGGCAUGGAAUAACCAUUCUCUGCGCACAGAAAACAAUAAAACCCCAACUCAAAUCUGGACAGAAGGAAUGCUUUCAAGGAUGGAAACUGACAAUACAGCCAUCAAUAAUGUGUUUGGAGAAAAUCUCUACAGACCUGAACAUUUUAAUGCACUCCUUGCUCAGCAUGGCAUUGAAUCAUUGCCCACAGCUGAAAAUGAAGAGAUCCCAGCUGUAAUAGUAAACCAACCUCAAAUAAACCUCACUCCGCAACAACUAGAGACUGUUUUACAUGCAAUUGACCACAUAACGGAUAUGCAGAUGAAGUUUCAGGCAUGCUGUGCAGAAAUUGCUAAUGUUUUAUCAAAUUAAUGUGAUGUAGUGGAGUCGAUGGUAUUCUUUUGUACUGUAAGAUGUAUUUUUUACUACAACUUUGCUGUGCUCCCAUACCUGUCUUUGCAUUUAUAUGCACCUUUUUGAAAAAGGAUUAAUGUCAGAUGUGUCAAAAUUAAAGCACACAGUGAUACUAAAUAUAAAGGUGUUGGAGAAUGACAGUGAAUCAGAACCACCUGUAUGUAAAAGUAGAAACAUUCAAUAAAAUUGUCAAUUGUUCAAACAAGGAGCAAGAAUACACAUAAUGGGGAACAAUGAGUUUUAUUUUGGGAUGAACAUGUCAUCU